AUGGCCGCGGACCCGUUCGACGACGUGCUCAACGACUUGUCCGGCCAGAUUCACGCUAAGCUGGAGAGGAGGGAAAUUGCUGAGCUGCGCUUCGCCAGGGUCGGCACCGCUCAAGCCAUCUUGCAGGCGUUCAAUCUGCGACGCUUCUUCCAGAGUCUCGUGCCACCUGGCGAUUCAGUCGAGGCAUUCUUCGGAUCCGGUGUUACCGACGACAUUCUCAUCGCCAGGACGACAGACAGAGACCUUUGCAACUUUCUGGCUAUUCUGAUCUACGCGCCUUGUGGCAUCGCAUCAGCUAGAGCCUUUACCAAGACGCUUCUUGCCAGCCCCUCGGAGUCUUGGCCCAUUGUUCAUGGGAAUGGUCGCAGGAUUGACCAACUACCGGCAAAUCGUCAUCAGCUGGAACAGCUGUUUGGACGCCAUAGUUUGCUUGAUAUCAAAAACUUCCUAGACACGCAGCCAUGUUUUUGUCCGAUCAUCCUCCUGAAGGGAGAGGAUGUCCGAGUGACCGAUCGCAAGAAGCACCGCCUCCCUUACUCGUCUGACGAAGUGCACAUAGGCACGGGGUCAUACGGCGAGGUUUACCGCGUUGAAAUUGCCGAAGGUCAUACGCUGAACAAGCGCACGUCGACGGCAAACACGACGCCUACGCUCUUGGCGCGUAAGGACUUCAAGAAAAGUCGUGAGUUCCAGGAUGAGUAUGAGAUCAUCAAGCAGAUUCUGUACGCGCCCGACCGGUCUGACAACAUCCUCACAACAUAUGGGAGUCUCCAGCUCGACGACGACACCUUCAGUCUCUUUAUGCCACUGGCACAUUGCGAUCUCAGGACAUGGAUGAUCGAAACCCCGCGGCCAGCGUCCAGGUCCCAGCGGGCAGACAUCAUCAGGUGCGCUUCGGAGCUUGCGAGCGGGUUGGAGUUCCUGCACUCAAAGAUAAAGAACCGCGACGGCAACCGAUUGGUCUGCUUCCACAUGGAUCUGAAGCCAGCGAAUAUUCUGGUCUUUGAUAGCAGACAUCCAGGGCAACUGAUAUGGAAGAUCAGCGACUUCGGCAUGUCCCGCGUGAAGGUCACGGCUCACAAUAGUGAGUAUGAUGGCAGGGACAAGGACAUGAGCAGUCUAUUCCAGAGAAAGCAGACAGAUGCUGCUGCUUCUGGGACGAUGAAUCUUCGUCUGGACGGUACGUACUUGGCACCCGAAUCGAGCACUGCCAUGCGGAAGAUGAACAAGGAGAGCGACAAUUGGUCUUUGGGCUGUGUCGUCAGUGUCAUCUUCACCUUUCUCGAAGAGGGACAAAGGGGCAUCAACGAGUAUUCGGAUGCUCGUGAGGAGGAAUCCAGGCGGCAAGGUUGCGGAAGCGCCGAUCGCUUCUUCCUCCUGUCUAAGAGUCUUAAGAAAGCAAAGAACCACCCAGGAGUGAAGGACCAACAUAGAUACCUCAUCCGUAAAGCGGGAGGGCGAAGUAUAGCAGAGCGCGAGGUGGUGAGGCGCACUUUGAAGUAUGUUGAGGAUUCGGUACUUCUUCUCGACUCUUCCGGCAGGGCGUCUGCACAGGAAAUAAGUGAUCUUAUGUCGGAAGCAUCUGCAGAUUACCGCAAUCUGGAUCAUCCUCAUAGGGGCCAGACCACAUCAGCUGCAACUGUUCGCCGAUGGGCUCGACUUAAAUGGAUCAUUCCUUUCGCCAGGCAGGUAGACAAUGGGACUGAGGCCCGAGUUCACCGCUGGCCGCUGCCGGGGAUCGACAUCCUGAAGGGUUCCGACGUAUCCCCCAACGGCAGACUCAUAGCAUGCUGGACUGAUAGGCAUAUUGUCCUCUAUGGUCCGCAGUCCUUCGUACCGCACGAGGGAAAAGCUUUGCAUCCAGUUGCUGAGCACCAGCUCGAAGGAUCCGUAGCUUGGAAGAGUAUAAAACUUACCGAAAAGUAUCUGAUUGCUUCUACAAAAGGGAGUAGACCAUCCAUAUAUCUCUUUGACCUUGAAGGCGGCAAUUUAUCUGGCCCGAACUUUCAGGUCAGCUAUGAAAUUACCCUUCCAGUUGGCAGCUUCGAAGGACUCCACGAGGUUGCCAUAUCGCCAGGAGGAGGGACCCUGGCUUGUAUGGUCCCACGCGAUACGCAUAGCUCAUGGGUUUUCUACGCGCCCAUCAUGGACCUCGUCCACCACAGAAUCGAUGGGAACGACUCAGCAGCUGGAUCGCUCUCCAGUAAUAAGUUUAAGUACAACAUUGGCGCGAAGGAACCGUGGCAACACUUUUUAGUGAAGAGUUCCGCUGGUGAUGUGACCCAUUUGCUGUUUCCCUCCGAUGGAACUCUCUGCGCAGUUGCACAGCCAGCGACCAGUGCUAGUAGUCAGGAGCACUGCAUCCGGAUCUCGUCUAUGUCCCUCGGCACCAAGAAGGUCACGACCCUACCGAUUGAGAAUCCGCUCAACACCGGAUCCAGGGAUCUGGACAGCAGCAACUCAGGAAACUUGUUCACAGCUCUGGCGGCUUUGAACCACGAACGAGCAUACGCCAUCAUGCUUUACGAGAAAGAGCUUCUUGUGCGCAACUUUGAGCAGUCCAGCGAAGUAUUUGACGGCCAAACGUCCUUCAAGAACUAUCAGAUCGUCGAGCUCCUGGCGGGCGGGCAUGAUCCACGAGUCUUUGCCCUGGGGUCGAAAUCUGGGAACAACAUGAUGCUGCUAUUGGAGCUGCCGCUUCCACAUCUGCUGAGGAACGGAAGCGUGCGUGAGAUAGCAAAACUGCCCGACUUUCGCUACAAGGGCAAGUUCUCCGCAAAACUUUCCGCCACACGAAGUACGGCCCAGCAGAGAGCUGGCAGAAUCAGCGGAGUUAGCCGCGACGAGGAAGGUUACGAUGCGAGCGCAGAUGGUGAAGGUGUGCUGACUUUUACGAUAUCCGUAUUCGCUCUUAGUCAGCCAGCGAUAUACACAAUCCAGCUUCCCACGUCAUGA